UGAGCGGAGGGCGGGCCUGGCGGGGCGAUGGCGGCCGUGCGGGGCCUGCGGAUCUCGGUGAAGGCGGCGGAGGCGGAGGCGGAGGCGCGCGGCGCGGAGCCCGAGCCCAUGGAGGUGGAGGAGGGGGAGCUGGAGGCCAUCCCCGUGCGGCGCUCGCUGCGGGAGCUGCUCCCGGACACUAGCAGAAGAUACGAAAACAAAGCUGGAAGUUUCAUUACAGGAAUAGACGUCACCUCCAAGGAAGCAAUUGAGAAAAAAGAGCAAAGAGCAAAGCGUUUUCAUUUUCGAGCUGAGGUGAAUCUUGCCCAAAGGAAUGUGGCAUUGGACCGAGACAUGAUGAAGAAAGCAAUCCCUAAAGUGAGACUGGAUACAAUCUACAUUUGUGGGGUAGAUGAGAUGAGUACCCAGGACAUCUUUGCUUAUUUCAAAGAGUAUCCUCCUGCUCAUAUUGAAUGGCUAGAUGACACGUCAUGUAAUGUGGUCUGGCUUGAUGAAGUAACAGCAACACGUGCUCUUAUAAAUAUGAGCUCUAUGCCUGAUCAGGAAAAAAUCAAAAACCGAGAAAACAGUGAAGAGAAGACAACUGAAAAACCCAAGAAAGACAAACAAGAGGAAAGCUCAGAUGAUGAGACUGAGGAGGGAGAGGUUGAAGAUGAUAAUCCAAGUGAUGUUGAGCUGGAUGCGCUCUCUCAGGUAGAAGAAGAUUCUCUCUUACGUAAUGAUCUUCGUCCAGCCAACAAACUAGCUAAAGGAAAUAAACUGUUCAUGAGAUUUGCUACUAGAGAUGACAAAAAAGAACUCGGAGCUGCAAGGAGAAGCCAAUAUUACAUGAAAUAUGGCAAUCCCAAUUAUGGGGGCAUGAAAGGAAUUCUUAGCAACUCUUGGAAACGAAGGUAUCAUUCGCGUCGAAUCCACCGUGAUGUAAUAAAGAAAAGGACACUUAUUGGGGAUGAUGUUGGCUUGACACCUCCUUACAAGCACCGGCAUUCAGGCCUAGUGAAUGUUCCUGAGGAACCUAUUGAGGAGGAAGAGGAGGAGGAGGAGGAGGAUCAAGAUAUGGAUGAAGAUGACAGAGUUGUAGUAGAGUACCGGGAUGAGCUACAAGCAUUCAAGCAAGCCCGAGAUCGCAGUGCAGCCAGGCGAUCGAGUGCGAGUGCUUCUGAUUCUGAUGAAAUGGACUAUGAUCUUGAACUGAAAAUGAUAUCAACUCCCUCUCCCAAAAAGAGCAUGAAAAUGACGAUGUACGCAGAUGAGGUGGAAUCUCAAUUGAAAAAUAUUAGGAACUCUAUGAGAGCAGAUAGUAUAGCAUCCAGUAACGUCAAAAACCGGAUUGGUAGCAAAGGAUCUUCGGAGAAAGUUGCAGAUGUAAGACUAUUAUUAGAGGAAAAACGUCAGAAUAACACAGGGCAGCGUCAGCCAGCCAGCACUAUAAAAUCAGAUGUCCGGCAGAGGCUGGGAAAGAGACCACACUCUCCAGAAGUCAAACCCCCAAGCAGCACCAGCACGCCUCGUCGAGAACCAAUAUCAGAUGUGCAUAGCCGGCUAGGGAUCCCCAAGCAAGAUGUGAAAGGCCUCUACUCGGACACCCGGGAGAAGAAAUCAGGUAACUUAUGGACCCGCUUAGGAUCUGCACCUAAGACGCAAGAAAAGACUCCAGAUAAAUCAGAAAACUCAGCAGCAUCUCCAGAGGAGGAUGAUUCAGAGCUCCAGCGGGUGUGGGGUGCUCUGAUCAAAGAAAAAGAACAGUCACGCCAAAAGAAAAGUCGAUUGGAUAAUUUACCAUCCCUACAGAUUGAAAUUAGCCGGGAGAGUAGUUCUGGGUCAGACACUGAAUCGUGAUGCUCUUUUAGAUCCUGAUACUCAGGAUUUUGACUCUGCAACAUGGCAAGAUUUCCAUUGCCCAAAAGCUGAACAUUGUGGCAGGGACACCGUAAUUAAGGUUCCAGGAGCCUCUCUCUUUUUAUACAGAAGUAAAAACCUGUAUAACACUUGACACUUAAAGCAAUCACAUUUGUCUUCAGUGUGUCGUGGCCCUGUGUUGUGUAGGGCAUUGUUCAGUACAUUUAUUUUAGCAGGCCCUUAGACAUUCUUUUAAAACAUUUUUCCCCCUUGCUUCAGACUUUAAAGAAGAGGCAAAACAAUUCUGGAUUUUGUAGACAACCUUUUUGUUCUUAAUUUUUUUAACACAGGAUCUUUUAAGAAAAUGUUUUACACAGUUCAUCCAAAGAACAGGGAACUUCAUAAUAAUCACCAUUGCCUGGCCCUUAGAGCUGGUGCCAGCACCUGCCUUUUUCUUAUAAACUAAUAACAAUGAUGCUUCCUGGGCAGAUGGCCAGCAAGGGUAAAGCUUAGAGGGAUUGCUGACUUCCACCCCUCCAAAAUGCUAAAUGCAAAUCUAAACCAGACAUCCUAGAAAAAUAACUUUUGAAAAUACUGUCAAAGCAGCACCACCAGACUAAUGUCAAAAAGGAUUCUGCUUCAUUCAUUUGGUGAUAAUUCAUUUUUACUUUAAGUGAAGAUUGACAAGUUCAAGACCGCAGAAUUGGAUCUUUGACCGACGUGUGCAAAUUCCUGAGGGUUAUUUUGGAGUUUAAAUGUUGAAACAAUUUUAAAGAUUUUCUUUCAGUAUAGCUGUAUUAUGUUUGAAGAAAUUUAACAAUUUAAAAACUUAAAAAUUUAAUUUUUAUAUUUGUGAAAAUUCUCCUGUUGGCUACAGUGAAAGCUAUAGUGGUGUUUUCAUAUGUGCUGUUUAAAUAUAUAAAUAUAUAUAGAGAUAUAUAUAUGAUUGAAAGAGAAAAGGAAAAAAAAUAGAGGAUCAGUGUCUCGUCAAUAUUUUUGAAUGUUCUUAUUGUAUAGUACAUGUGGAUGUGCACAUGGUUGACUUGUUACUUUCACCUUGUUUAACUCUUGUCCCCUUUCUAAAUAGGUAAAUUUUGAUCAAUGUGUAGCUGAUUUUUGUUUGUGGCAUUUAUUUUGACUGCCCACAAUUUUGGGAAAAGAGUAUUUUGAGUACAUCAGCUUCUGGUAAACAGAACACGUUGGUAAAAAUACUGCCUGCCAAAAUUUGGCGAUGCAUUGUUCCCGAUUUCCUUGGUUGGUCCUGUUAAGCUAAAAUGUCAGUGGCAUUCCUUCCCCACCUUUCUUUUUUAACAACUGUUUUAUUCUGUUUUCUAUUUUUAUACUAUGUUAAAAUAGGUUUGGGGCUUUCCAAAAGCAAGGAGCCUGCAGUUAGCUUCCUCUGUCACACUGUUGCACAUACAAACAGCAAUAUAUGAAAUGGGCUUACGAGAACUGAAUACGAAAGGGUUAGCUGGUCUGGUGACUUACUGGGCGUUGAGCCUUAACUGUUCCCUUGCUUUUGUGACACUUACCCUUGGUUUUGUAUUUAAUAUUGAGUACAGUCUGGUAAACAUGGCUCAUAAAAAUCCUGCUCAAAACAAGAGUAAAUGAUUGCAAUAUCUGAUCACUGUAAUGGGUCGCUUUGAUGUGCGCUUCCAUUCAUGUUUCCCCACAGAAAGCUUUUCAAAUAGAACAAUAUAUAAUAAUACAGCUGAGACCUCAUCCCUAACAGCCUGAUAA